AUGUGGAUUUUAGAUUUGUCAAACAAUCAACUGAAGGGACAGCUCCCUGACUGUUGGACAUCUGUUGAUUGGUUAGGGUAUCUUGAUUUAAGCAACAAUCAAUUGUCAGGGAGGAUUCCUUUGUCUAUGGGCAGCCUUGUUGAAUUGAAUGUCUUGGUUUUACGAAACAAUAACCUGACAGGUGAAUUAGCUUCGACUUUGAAGAAUUGCAGCAAUUUAAUUAUGUUGGAUGUGGCUAAAAAUAUGUUGUCCGGCCCCAUAUCAUCAUGGAUCGGAGAAAGUAUGCAACAGUUGAUAAUCUUGAACAUGCGAGAGAAUCACUUUUCUGGAAAUCUUCCUAUUCAACUCUGUUAUUUGAACCAUAUUCAAUUAUUGGAUCUUUCGAAUAAUAUGUUAUCAAAAGGAAUUCCAUCAUGCUUAAAGGAAUUGACUGCCAUGUCUAAAAAGGGCAUCCACACACGUGGCACUCUAAAUCGUAUGUAUUUGAUAUAUAUCCCUUAUAUUAAAAUUUAUGACUAUUUUGUUGAGGAAGAGUAUCCCAUUAACAUAAGCUUGAUAUGGAAAGGUGUGGAACAGAGGUUCAAGAAUGCAGAGUUAAUUAAGGGCAUUGAUCUUUCAAGUAAUAAGUUAACGGGUGAAAUACCAAAAGAGAUUGGAUAUUUGGCUGGGUUAGUUUCUUUGAACUUAUCAAGAAAUAAUCUGAGUGGAAAAAUUCCUUCAGAGAUAGGAAAUUUAAGUUCACUGGAAUCCCUUGACUUAUCAAGAAAUCAAAUCAGUGGAGGAAUUCCUCUUCCUCUAUCCGAAAUUGACAAUCUAGGCAAAUUAGACUUGUCACACAAUUUUCUUUCUGGAAGAAUCCCAUCAGGAAGACAUUUUGAAACCUUCGAUGCAUCUAGUUUUGAAGGAAAUAUGUACCUUUGUGGUGAGCAACUUAACAAAAGUUGUUAUGGAGACGGAGAUCAAACAACAGGAAAACUUUCGGAAGCCGAAGCAAUAAAUGAUGAUGAAGAUAGUAUUUUCUACGAGGCAUUGUACAUGAGCAUGGGGAUUGGAUAUUUCACUGGAUUUUGGGGCUUAUUCGGGCCAAUGCUACUUUGGCGUUCUUGGAGAAAUACUUAUCUCAGAUUCCUAAACAGGUUGACAUAUGAAUCCAUUCUCGGAUUGAACAAUAGUACAGAAAUAAAGUGCAUAGAGAGGGAGAGACAGGCACUCCUCAACUUCAAACAUGGCCUCAUAGAUGGCUAUGGCAUGCUGUCAACAUGGAGGGAUGAUGAGAAGAGUCGAGAAUGUUGCAAAUGGAAAGGCAUUCAAUGCGACCAUCAAACAGUUUCUUUGAAUUUAUCCAGAAAUUAUCUGAGUGGAGAAAUUCCUUCAGAGAUAGGAAAUUUAAGUUCACUGGAGUCCCUUGACUUAUCAAGAAAUCAUAUAAGUGGGCGAAUUCCUUUCUCACUUUCUCAAAUUGAUUUUCUUUGCAAAUUAAAUUUGUCACACAACUAUCUUUCUGGAAGAAUCCCAUCUGGAAGACAUUUUGAAACCUUUGAUAUCUCUAGUUUUGAAGGGAAUAUUGGUCUUUGUGGUGGACAACUUAACAGAACUUGUCCUAGAGAUGGAAAUCAGACAGCAAUAAAGCCUGAAGAACAUGGAACAGUGAAUGAUGAUGAAGAGAGUGUUUUCUAUGAGGCAUUGUACAUGAGCAUGGGGAUUGGAUAUUUCACUGGAUUUUGGGGCUUAGUAGGGCCAAUACUACUUUCGCGUUCUUGGAGAAAUGCUUAUCUGAGAUUCUUAAACAGAUUGAAAAAUUGUAUAUAUGAAUAA